CUCUGUUUACUGUCAUCCUUCUGCAGGCCACGGUCAGAGUCAGCAGUGAAUCUUCCCCAAGUGCUGACAUUUAAUACCUGGUUUAGCGGCAAAGAUUGAGAGGGCUGAGCAGACCCCUGGCCUUCAGAUAAAAGAUCUAUCCACCGUCAGAAAAUAUGUCACUACAGAUGGUAACAGUCGGUAAUAGCAUAGCCUUAAUUCAACCAGGCUUCUCAUUAAUGAAUUUUGAUGGGCAAGUUUUCUUCUUUGGCCAAAAAGGCUGGCCCAAGAGGUCUUGCCCCACUGGAGUUUUCCAUUUUGAGGUAAAGCAUAGCCAUCUCAAACUGAAGCCUGCAGUUUUCUCUAAGGAUUCUUGCUACCUUCCUCCUCUUCGAUACCCAGCCACUUGCACAUUCAGCAGCAACUUGGAGUCUGAAAAGCAUCAGUACAUCAUCCAUGGAGGAAAAACACCAAACAAUGAGCUUUCAGAUAAGAUUUAUGUGAUGUCUGUUGUUUGCAAGAACAACAAAAAAGUUACUUUUCGCUGCACAGAGAAGGACUUGGUAGGAGACGUUCCUGAAGGCAGAUAUGGUCAUUCCAUUGAUGUGGUGUAUAGUCGAGGGAAAAGUAUGGGUGUUCUCUUUGGAGGACGGUCAUAUAUACCUUCUGCCCAAAGAACCACAGAGAAAUGGAACAGCGUGGCUGACUGCCUGCCCCAUGUCUUCUUGGUGGAUUUUGAAUUUGGGUGCUCCACGUCAUACAUUCUUCCAGAACUUCAAGAUGGACUAUCUUUUCAUGUCUCCAUUGCCAGAAAUGAUACCGUUUAUAUUUUAGGAGGCCAUUCACUUGCCAAUAACAUCCGCCCUGCCAAUCUGUACAGAAUAAGGGUUGAUCUCCCCCUGGGUAGCCCAGCUGUGGAGUGCACAGUCUUGCCAGGAGGAAUCUCUGUCUCCAGUGCAAUCCUGACUCAAAUAAACAAUGAUGAAUUCGUUAUUGUUGGUGGCUAUCAGCUUGAAAAUCAAAAAAGAAUGGUCUGUAACAUCAUCUCUUUCAAGGAUAACAAGAUAGACAUUCAUGAGAUGGAAACCCCAGAUUGGACCCCAGAUAUUAAGCAUAGCAAGAUAUGGUUUGGAAGCAACAUGGGAAAUGGAACUGUUUUCCUCGGCAUACCAGGAGACAAUAAACAGGCUGUUUCAGAAGCAUUUUACUUCUAUACGUUGAAAUGUGCUGAAGACGAUGUGAACGAAGAUCAGAAAACUUUCACAAGUAGUCAGACAUCAACAGAAGACCCAGGAGACUCCACUCCCUUUGAAGACUCAGAAGAAUUUUGCUUCAGUGCAGAAGCAAACAGUUUCGAUGGUGAUGAUGAAUUUGACACCUACAAUGAAGAUGAUGAGGAAGAUGAGUCUGAGACAGGCUACUGGAUUACAUGCUGUUCUACUUGUGAUGUGGAUAUCAACACUUGGGUACCAUUUUAUUCAACUGAGCUCAACAAGCCUGCCAUGAUCUAUUGCUCUCAUGGAGAUGGACAUUGGGUCCAUGCCCAGUGUAUGGAUCUGGCAGAACGCACACUCAUCCAACUGUCAGAAGGAAGCAAUAAAUAUUACUGCAACGAGCAUGUGGAGAUAGCAAGAGCACUGCAAACUCCCAAAAGAGUUCAAUCAUUAAAAAAGCCUCCUCUGAGAUCCCUCCACAAAAAGGGUUCUGGGAAAAUUAUUACUCCUGCCAAGAAAUCUUUUCUUAGAAGGUUGUUUGAUUAGUUCCAUGAAAGCCUUUCAGAUUCAGGUGCAUCAAAAUUUUAAACUUAUUUUAAAGAAUUGUAACAAUGAUAAAAUUUAUCUUCCCGUUUUUGUUUAUUGAAAACAUCUAAUGUUUUCAUUUAGUUAUAUGAGUAAAGUACUAGGGGAAAGUGCUUAUAAUGCCAUACUGAAUACAGUCAUUGUAUUUAGACCUAUACAGGACCUAUAACCUGUAUUUUGAAAAUAUUUUACUCAAAGUUAUAUUCAAUGGGAAUUUAUGAUCUGAAUUUUUAUUCAAGGAAUCUUAAACACAGAAAUAGUAAUAAUAAUCAAGGUAUACAUACAUCCUUUACAGGGCUUUUGGUAACAAAUAAUCCACCAAGCAGUUAAUACAAAUUUAACCAGUAAAGUAACUAACACCCAAAGGAGUUAAAUGAAUUAUUUUGUAGACUGUAACAAUUUGGUGGUUGACCAGAAGUUACAACUGAGAUCACCUGUAUCCCACAUGAAUGUUCUUUGUACACCUCAAAGAUGGCCACCUGACUAUGCCCAUAUACAGAAAAAUCUUUAAGGAGAUAGGUAGAGAUAGUUAGAUUAUUGUUGUGUUUAGUCGCUCAGUCGUGCCCAACUCUUUGGACCCCGUGGACUGUAGCCCACUAGACUUGUCUGUCCAUGGGAAUACUCCAGGCAAGAAUACUGCAGUGGGUAGCCAUGCCCUCCUCCAGGGGAUCUUCCCAACCCAGAAAUCGAACCCAGGUCUCCUGUGUUGCAGGUGGAUUCUUUACUGUCUGAGCCACUAGGGAAGCUAGAU